CGAAAUCAUUUUGAAGUCUGCUAUUGUAAUUUCAGGACGCGAUCAUGGAUAGUUGUUUUCGUUGUUGAUCUGAUUGCUGGGCUUGUUUUAUUCUCGCUUGUGAACUGUGAUGGUGCGUACGAUGUUUUCUGGCAAAGUGUCGACAGCCUUAUCAUGGAUUCUCUUACACAUAACCCAGCAGGCAUGAAGCUCAAUGAACCGGUCAAUACAGCUCUUGCCAGCUUCUUUCAAUAUCAUAUACAUCUCUGGAAAAGUAAGUAUUUUGUGGAAAAUUACUCAUGUAUGGAAUUGUAUAGAUUGUAA